AAAUUAUUCAUAUUUUUUAAAAAUACUUUCCGGAUCAAGGACUGUGUCCGCUUUUAAGUUUACUACCCUUAUUUGAUUUCCUGUUGGAAGAACAAAACCAAAGCUUGAGUUGAGAGGGGCUGAGACAUCAAAUACACCCUCAAAUACUGAGUGAGAGAUUGUGUUAAGAAGAAAAAUGGCACAUUACAAGGGGGCAGCAUCAGAGGGUGGAAGAGCCCAGAUUUUAAUGAAAAAACGUCAGAAAGAACAAGAGGAGAUAGAGACUCGGAAACGUAAGAUCGAGGACGAACUGAAGAUCGGCAGCAUACAGAAUAAGUUUGCUUCUCAUUAUGACGCAGUGGAACAACAACUCAAGUCUAAUACCAUAGGUCUUGUAACUCUGGAUGAAAUGAAAGCAAAGCAGGAAGAUGUGAUUAAAAAGAGACAGUCACAGUUAGCCAAGAAAGAUGCUCAGGCCCGACUCAUAGAGAAAGAGAAGGAGAGAAAGAAGAGAAAAGAACAACAGAAGAUUGCCAGUCUCUCAUUUGAUCCCGAUGAAGAGGAAGAGGAUGAGGAAAUAGAAAAAGAAGAAGUAGAGGAGGACAUAAAAAAGAAACGACGGCUUGGGAAGAAUCCUGAUGUAGAUACGAGCUUCCUGCCAGAUCGCGACAGAGAGGAAGAGGAAAACAAGCUCAGGGAACAACUUCGCCAGGAAUGGGAAGAAAAGCAGGAGAGAAUGAAGAAUGAAGAGAUAGACAUAACGUACAGUUACUGGGACGGGUCAGGACACAGACGGCAGGCCAGGAUGAAGAAAGGAAACAGCAUCCAGCAGUUCCUACAGAAGUGUUUAGAGACCCUCCGACGGGAAUUUAAUGACCUCAAAGUUGUCUCCGUCGACCAGUUAAUGUAUGUCAAAGAGGACUUAAUCAUUCCCCAUCAUUACACAUUCUAUGAUUUUAUCGUUACCAAGGCUCGGGGUAAAAGUGGUCCACUGUUCAGUUUUGACGUUCAUGACGACGUGAGGCUUCUUAGUGAUGCUUCAGUGGAGAAGGACGAAUCACACGCCGGGAAAGUUUGUCUCAGAACCUGGUACGAAAGGAACAAGCACAUAUUCCCAGCAAGUCGAUGGGAACCGUAUGAUCCAGAGAAAAAAUGGGACGAGUAUACAGUGUCAGACAAGAAUGCGGCCAAAAUCACAGUCAAGUGACAUUCUGUACACAAUAUCUGUCAAGUGCUAAGUACACAGUAAUGGUACACAAUUGUGAAUCAAGAUCUUAUGAAGAUCUUACACAUACAUGUACAGUCUUUUGAUUAAAGACAGUUUGAGGAGGUUUUGAUGAUUUGAGAGCUAGCAAACCUCAUAUUCGGUAUCUGUUGUGAUUAUUUCACAUUAUAAUUUAGUACAGAUAAUCAGUCAUAUCUAGUUUUGUUGAAUGCUUUCUUGUCAGUAUAUGCAUUGAACAGGUUUUGUGACUUUAACUAUGAUACAAGAAGAGGACUUAUAUAGGCCAUGUCUGAUGUCCAAUCCAAUUAUGUAAUUUUACAUAAUAAAAUAUUGAUUAAAUUAAAUUAACUAUGAUGCACUUAAAUUGAGAAAAUAAGUCUUGCAAAACAAGUUUA